AUGAAUUUUCAUAAAAAAAAUAGUAGCAAUAAAUUCUCCUUUCAACCAAUAAAUUCAGGAAUUAUUAAGCACUCACAAGUUUGUAAAGCCAUAGCCAUAAAUAAUAAUAAUAAAUUUAUUUUGGGUUCAUUUGAAAAAAUAAUUAAAUUUUUCUAAUUUGAUGGAGAUCAAAUUAAACAAAUAAAAUUUCUUACUAUGCACAAGAAAAUUAUCACUAAUUUGACGAUUUGCAAAUAAAAACCUAAUUAUUAAUCAAGUUCAAAGGAUGGAUCUAUAUAAAUUUCUUCGUUUCUACUUUCUUCAUCACCAAAAUACUUGCAAAGAUUAUAAGAACAUAAAAAAGAAAUUAAUUGUUUAAUUUUACAUCCAAGAAAUGAAAACUUAUUUGUAUCUGGAUGUGAUGAUGGAGCAAUCAUAUUCUGGAAUUGUAUAAAUAAUUAAUGGUAGAAGAAUUAGAUCAUAAAUAAUUAUUAAGGUUCUUAUCUUGGAGAUAUUUAUGGAUUGUCGAUUAAUCCAGAAAAAAACGAAAUAAUCUCCUGUACUCAUAGAAGUUAGAUAAUUGUGAUGAAAUAAUAAAAUGAAAAUAAACUUGAUUCCUUUUGGAAAAUAACAUAAAUAAUUAAAGAUGGAUUUGGAUAUCGUAUCGGUUUUAUUACAAGUGAAAUUUUUGUUUUUUAGCCUCGUUCAUCGUCAAAAUUGUUAAUUUAUAAGCUAGACUAAAAUGAUAAUUAUUAAUAAAUAUAAGAUUUGCAGGUUUAAGGAGGUAAUUAACCUUGUGGUUUAUAUUUUCCUAUCUUUUACAUUCUUCAAAAAAAGUUUUUUUUGAGUAAAAAUGGUCAUUGUAUUAAUAUUAUCAUAUUUAAUUAAUAAGUGGAAAGCAAGAAAAUUAUGAAAAAAAUAGAACAAGAUUAAGCAAUUUAAGAAAAUUGUUUUAAUUUUGAAUUGGCUUAAACUAUUGAAAUAAAAUAAGCAUAUUGGGGAGAGAUUUAUGGUGUAGUAAGCAAUGAUGGAAAAUAUUUGAUAAUUUGGAGUGAUUCUUAAAGAUAAAUUUUGAUAAGUAAAUAUAUAGAGAAUAAUAUACUGUCAUAAAAUUAUUGA